AUGACCAAAGUAAGAAAAACUACACAAGAUGAUGAUGAAACCGACACCGAGGAUGAGAGCCCUUCGUUGAGCUCAAUUCGUACAUGUUUCGGGAGGCAUGUCAGCUUUGAUCUUUCAGACGUUCGUGAAGAGGAGAUCCUCUGGGAUGAUCUAUAUGGUGACAGAGACGCGGACAGUGAAGAUUCAGGACCCGACAGUAACGAUUCAGAAUCCGACAGCAAAGGCAGAAAAGGAAGAUCUUUGGCUUCCCGUUAUGAAGAUAGGGUACUCAUUCUCUGUCGAAAAGCAACAAUCGCCAGUAAGUCCUGUGGGCCUUCAACCUGCCGCGCGGCUUCACUCCUAGCCUUAUUCGAGCUCUUUCGCGACCUUGAAACGACUGAACCACGUGAGACAUCAGCGAGGGUUCCCGAGAACGUUUUACUUUUCGUUCUCAAACAAUCACUACGAUCCUUCAUCGAACUCUCUGGCGAUCACGAAAGAGAAUCUCCGAGCAGAUCCAUGUUCACAAUAUCGCCCGAAACGCCGGUGGCAUAUGAAAUAGUAUUCAACUGGGUCGCAGGAUUUUGCCGGGCUACCAGAAGAAGCUCCUUAAUUCGCCAAGCUUUACAUGGAGUUGCUGACUGGGUUUCAUUUCCUGGAGUAGCGCAACUUGUUGCUACUCAAGUUGUUAAACAAGCUGUUACUGGAAACAAUGCUGACACUUGGGACUGGUGGCUACUUGUCGGAGCCCAGCUCGGCUCGGAAACUGCUACCACAUUUGAGAAGUGGAAGACGACAUGGUUGGUAGAGCAUUGUAAGGAAAUUAGGGCUUACGACGUGACUGGUGACGUCCCAGCACUGAUGAAGCUUGCGGGUAGAACAGAUCCCAAACUUUUCCAUGAAAACAUCAUCCCGAUACUCUGCGACUACCCCAACCGUCACGCUCUCGCUAAGCUCCUCUGCGAUGUCGGCACUGAGUCGACGCGGCACCCUAUAUUUCGGGAUAACAUUGGCAAGCAAAUCUUUCAAAAGCUUUUACAGGCUGUCCCUCGUGCAUUUGUACUCGAAGCGAAAGAUUUUGACUCAGAUGAUGAUCUUGCUUUUGCUCUCGACAAAUCUUCAAUUUACUGCUUAAGCUACCUUGAUGUCCUCGAUCACGCACUGGUCCUGGAAUGCCAUUUCGAGGCUCUUGUUUUACUCCGUUACUCCCUGCGCCCCGUCAACUCUCCCCCCGCAGGGAAAUGGAUAGGGCUUGUCUCCUUCAUCGCGAUAUUCGCUUCCCUUUUAAAAGAGCGCUGUUGCGCCCACGACUUUCGCUGCAUUGCUCGAGCUUUCAUGUCCAGUUCGCUCCGCAUGCUUGCCUCGGUAAUGGUCCAAAAGAAUCAACCCUUACCCCAAGACAACUUGUGUUACUCGGGUAACAAAUUAAACAAAAAACAAAAAAAGUCGGGUAACAGAUAUGGGUUGUCUUGCGGUUGCUCGCUUUGCGCGGCAGUAGACGCGUUCCUGAUCCAUCCACAGCAAGCCGUAGGACGCUUCCAGGAGACAAUAAAGUUUCCUGGGUCGGAGACAACGAAGAUGCAUAAGCAUAUGAUGGACCGCAUUAUGCGACACAAUGAUUUUGUAUUUGAGGUUAGGGAGGAUCCCGGGCCUCAACAACACAAAACAUUUAUUAUCCACAAAAUGCACAACAAGACGGCCCGUUUAGCAUUCAAGAGGGAGAAGGAAUUGGAAUCGCUCGUGGAGUCAGUCGAGAGGCUGGUACCGGGCCCUGCGAACGAUAUACUGCAAGAAGACAUAGCUUUUCUCUUGGAAACCGGGCGGUGGCUACAAGAGAUCCAUUCGAUCCACUCAGCUUUGAUACUGCUAUCGCACGGAGGAAAAGUGGAAACUGUGCACCACAAAACCCAGCCAGACAGCAGCCGUCGCGGCAGGAGUAAGACACCCUGUCCCCUCUUUGCAAGAACUGGCACAUGCCACUACAGAGACGACUGCUGGUUCUCGCAUGAAUAUAAUGGAUCUGGCUUGAACCCCACCGAGAUCCCGAGAAUGAUAGAGCUUCCCGCCCUCCGAGAGCCAUUCUCGUUGAACAUUGGGCCCAACCACCGAGCAGCACCACAGCCAAAAUCGAUACUGAAACGGACGAGCUCCUUCACUGCGGGUGUCAAGAGGAAAGCUGAGAGCGAUCUCUCUGAUGAUGAAUGA